UCGCAUCGACGUGGCGGAGACAGAGAAAGAGAGAAAUAGAGAGAGCGCGAUUAUUCGAGUAACUUAGGCACGGAGUAGAGUGCUAGGUGGCGCCAGUGCCUGCACAAUCCCACAACCCACAGACACUAUGCCUUCGGCGUCUAGUCUCGAUAUCACUCCUCCUCUGCGCAUCCUCAAAGGAAGCAUCUCCGAUCAAGAAUCCGAGUUAGAGCUUCCGAGGUUGGGACAGCCGUUAGCAGAUAUCAGUCCUAUGGAAGGGAGACGGAACAGCACCAACAGCAGAGCUGGCGGUGAUACCGACGACCUUGCCUCCUCAUCCCCCUUUCCUAGUCCCUCGUCGACUGGCACCGCUACUGGUAGCGGUAACGUCAACGGUAGCGUCAACGGUGCCAAUAAGACUGCUUCUACCAGAGCAUUGUGGCAGGGGCGAGAUCAGAAGGGUGCCCAGGACCACUCGGCGAGUGUUGCCCGUCGUUCGUCGCUCGAGAGACUUAAGCGCGCUUCGCGGGUGCAAAACAACAGCAAACUCUUCAACAAGUCGGAUGCGAAAGCAGUACGGCCAACCAGCUACCCUCAGGUCCCUCCAGCUUUCACGCCCGUGUUCUCUCGCGCAGGGUCCGUUCGCACAUCUAUCGCCAGCACCUCCAGUAAUGCGAGUAGCAAUACCACUGAACGUGGCGGCGGGUCACGGAUUCCUCUGCCCCAGUCCAAGAAGUCGGAGUCAAUCCAGAGAUCAUCGACGCCGCCCACGAACCCCCCCUUAACAGGCAUCUUGCACAGCCCUAUCCGCUUGGCGCCGACCAAAUCAUCGCUACUUUCUUCGUACAAAUCCAAUUCGUACGAUUCCGAGGAUGGUGAACCAAACCGCAGCCCGGUCCGCCGACCCAAGUCCGUGAGCUGGGAUAAGGAUGAGCCGCAUGUUUUGGAAUACGAAUUGGUCACCCCUGAUCCAUCGGUGGAUGGUUCGCCUUGCGCCGACUACGAUUCAGACGAGUAUGGGUACGAGGAUGAGGAGGAUGACUUGGAAAAUACGCCCGUUAUCGAGCCGGAUGGAUGGAGGCCAACACCGGAACCUGUCCACGAUCGCGAGGAAGCAUACUCGACCCCUUCGCCCAACGGUAGCAGCAGACCGUUGCCGCCGAUCCCCGGUCUCCCUCGGUCCGACAGCUCAAGCCCGUCCGGUGCACGCCCGUUACCAAACCCACCACUCACGAAGGCGGAGCUGCAGAACCAAUCAACGAUGACCAUGGAAGAACGUAUGAGGCGUAUGAUGGAGGGCAACGAUCCCACUAGGCGACUCAGUUGGGAUCCAACGAACAGAAGGAGGUCUCGCCAAGGAACCGAAUUUCACGAUGGCUUAGGAAUCGGAGUUGACACGAUACCCACGGAUACACUCCUGCUGGAACAUGGGAACGCGACGCGGAUGGCGGAAUGUAGUACAUCCGACCGCGACGAAUCGUCACCAAAUUCCAAUCGUGAACCCGACUCGGAGAGCAUCGUGACUACAAGUCAGUACGAGUCUUCGGCUUCGGCGUCCGACUACGAGCCUCCACAGCUGACACGCGAGUCGAUACGCCGUCAAGUGGAAGAGCGGAGACACCAACACGCUCAGGAUGAGGAGCAUGCGAGGGGCGGACGCGAGAGUCCACGCUAUUACUACUCCUCCUCGGAGUCCAGACACGACGACGAAGAAAGCUUUGUUAAGGACGAGCCCACCACUGACGAGGAGGGGGAUAUGUAUGCGCCCCCAGAUAUGCGUAACGUACGACCUGCUUCACGGUUUGCUACGAGAUCCCCAGAUACCGAUGUGGUUACCGAGUCGGAAGCGUCUUUGUACGAGGAUGGCGACGACGAGGAAUCGCAGUACAGUGUCCCAGAAGAAGGAGCGCAUGACAUCAUUGAGGAGGAGGGAGAGGAGGAGGAGCAGCCAGACACCCCGCGUCAAGGAACCACUCCUGUUCCUGGUAGUCCGGCAAGCCUUGCCACCGACUCUACUCAAUCUUCUUUGGCGUUGGAGAAUAAGCUUAUGGACUUACAUCUAGAUAAUGAGGAAAACAAGAGGGUCAGCCUACCGGAUUUCUCGUCCAUAUUAGACGAUGGAUUGGGACUUGGAAAGUACAUGACCCCCGCGUCUCCGGCGAUUGUUGCGGCCAAGGAGGUGAAGGAGAAGGAAGAGGAGGCAGUCGAGGGACCGUCGACCAGCACUGCGAGAGAGUUUUUCGAUGAGGAUAUGUCUGAACGCGCUCCUUCGGACGAAGAGUCGGACACCGGCUCGGUUAUUCGGCACAAGAUUGAGUACUCGGACGAUGAUGAGGAUUAUGAGGAUGAAGAUUCCGAUGAGGAUGCUCAAAACGGCGGGGUUCCAACCACGAGGUCGCCUUCUCCAGUUGCCGAGUCCAUCGCGACUAUUCGCGCGCCUGGCGGUAAACUCAAGACGAGGGCAAGUGCCACACCGGCGGAUAUUGCGUCGAUGGCGGCAGCGCGACGACACGUGAGCGGCGACCAUCGCAACCCCCCUCCGGUUCCCCGGAUACCCAAUGGCUAUAGGAGCGAGGGCGACAGUGAGACCGGAGACAGCAGUGGUGGCGAGGACUCUGCAGGUGUUGCGGCCGGUCAGUCAGACGGAGAAACAGUGAGCAGGAGGGUUUCUGGCGCACGGAGACGGAAGAUUUCCUCGACGCUUCCCGCCUUGGGCGAGUUUGAAUUUGACCUCAAGCUUGAUGAUUUGAACGAUGAGUUUGACCGUGUGAUCGAGAAGCAGAAGCGUGGUUAUCUGAUGAGGCAGAACACCAAAGUCAUUCAUGCUUCGGAACGAGGUCCCGAUGAUGAGGUCCCAACUCUCGAUCGUCCUGGUCAUGCCCGUGGUCAGUCCUGGUCCGUUGAGCCGUGGCGAUCGAACCGAAGACGCAGUCACCGUGACUCCAGUCUGCGAAAGCGCCCCUCGAAUGGGGGACCCGUGCCGCCGCUGCCUGGAAGGGAAAGCAGUGUCACCACCAGCAAUCGACUCGCGAGCGUCAGUGAGACUACCAGAUCCAGCAGUAUGGGAUCGGUUGAGGGUGACAACGUGGAAAGGGGACGGUUAUUCGUCAAAGUCCUCGGUGUUAAAGACCUUACGCUUCCGCUGCCGCAAGGACAGCCGACUUAUUUCUGCCUCACUUUGGACAAUGGCUUGCACUGCGUGACCACUUCGUGGCUCGAGCUUGGAAAGAAUGCCCCGAUUGGCCAGGAAUUCGAACUUGUCGUUCUGAACGAUCUCGAGUUCCAGUUGACCCUGCAGACCAAAUUGGAGCAGCCUCCGCAGUUGCCACCAAAGACCGCCACGAAAGCUCCAGUCGUCCCCAAGCUGAAGCAGUCCACCUUCAGCAAAGUGUUCUCCACGCCCAAGAAGAGAAAGCAGCUCGAGCUUCAGCAUCAACAACAGCAGCAGGCAGUGCAACAGCAGCAGCAACAGUUGCAAUUGCAGCGUCAACAGAGUCAGGAAUCGACCCCUGCCACCGCAUGGGAUCUGCUCCAUGGUCUGGUUGCCCGUGAUGGUUCUUUUGCUCGCUCCUACGUCUCUCUCAAGGACUUUGAAAGCCGGGCCUACGGAAGGCCCCUCACCACCGACAUCCAUUGUUUUAACGAGUGGGCGGUAGACACGGCUAGCAUCAAGGGAAAGAAGGGGAUGCAAGGCGGCUUGCAGCCCGCGAGAAAGGCUCCCUACAAGAUCGGAAAACUGGAAGUGCAGCUUUUGUUCGUGCCGAAGCCAAAGGGAUCGUCCGAUAAGGAUCUUCCGAAGAGCUUGAACACCGCCAUCAGGGAGUUGAGAGAAGCAGAGUCGAUCAUGACUCGUGAAUGGGAAGGCAACCUUUCGCAGCAGGGAGGAGACUGUCCAUUCUGGCGUCGGAGAUAUUUUAAGCUGAAGGGCGCUCGCCUAACGGCCUACCACGAAGCCACUCGCCAGCCCCGUGCCACCAUCAACCUGAGCAAAGCGGUCAAACUCAUCGACGACCGUCGUACUCUUGUCGAGAACACGGUAGCUGGACCUGGCAAGACGAGGAGAAAGUCGGGCUUUUCGGAAGACGAGGAAGGCUACAUGUUCGUCGAGGAGGGGUUCCGUGUUAGGUUCGCAAACGGGGAGGUUAUCGAUUUCUACGCCGAUUCCGCCCAAGAGAAGCGGGACUGGCUCAAGAUCCUCGGCGAGACGAUCGGACACGUUCCCGACUCGCGCGGAUGGUGUCAAGUGGUUUUGGCCAAGGAGGCGAAGGCCAGAGCAGAACGCGAGAAGCACGAGUCAGCAGCCGAAAAGCUACGCACCGCCCAGCAGCAGAUGAGACAACACCCACGGGUAUCGAUUCAGCCGCCGCCCAUCCCCAACAACCGCAUGUCCCACGGCCCUGGUAAUCGACUCGCACCACCACCAAACGCGGCCCGACGACCAUUACCGACUGGUCAACCGCAAGGUUACCGAUGAUCCGCAUCUACUUUGCCAUUUCCUUAGCCUUUUGUUUGUCACUGGUUUGGCCCUUGGGUUGUCUGCGUUUGGAUCACAAUUUCGUUUGCAUUCCAUUUCCAUUUUUUCAUGUGUAUCUCAUAGGGGUUUUGGGUCAUUUCAUCAUUUUCGUUUCAUCACUUGCAUUUCAACUGUACCAUUUGUGUUGUAUUUUUGUGCCCUUGUAUUUGUGUCCCAUUUUCGAGUGUGUAAGGUGAAUUGUGUUUGAUUACGGCGCUGUCUACUUCA